AUGAGUCAGGUCCCUAUACACGAUACCCCAAUACUCGGCAUGGCUACGCGUCCUAGGGUUUCAAAGGCUAUUGAAUAUGGGAACACACCCAACUUCUGGGUUGAAUACCCCUCCGGCCUUGUAGACCUCACGCGUUCGCAGCAUCUCACGACUGACGGAGUAGAACCAUCUUUGGUAAGCUCGACACAGUUCGACAUCCCUGUAACUGGGGACCGUACCAUUCGCGUGGACAAGUCCAAGACAGCUGCAGUGAUAAUUGAUAUGCAGAACUUCUUCCUGCAUCCCGAACUCAGAGUGCAUAAAACCGGCUUGGCCUGUGUUGACCCGCUUUUGAAGGUUAUCGGCCCUCUUCGAAAGCAAGGAGUGAAGAUUCUUUGGGUGAAUUGGGGCCUCACCGAUCAAGAGCUGAAGACCCUUCCCCCUGCUGUAGUCAGGGGAUUCAUGAAAGGAGGGUUCGGAGGGUUCGGCACUGAAAUGCCUGGCAACUUUGGCAGGUUGCUCAUGCGAGACGCUCGCAAUUCGGAGUUGUAUGGCCCUUUGCAAGAAGAGUAUUUAAAAGGAGAGAAAGAGGGAACCGACGUUUGGAUUCACAAAAAUAGGAUGAGUGGGAUAUGGGGACAUCAGACAGCGUUGGACCUCUAUCUGAAGGAGAAUGGAAUUACAACAUUGUUUUUUGGAGGUGUGAACGCUGACCAGUGCGUUUCGGGUACCUUCAUCGACGCUUACUUCCAAGGCUACGAUUGUGUUAUGGUCGAGGACAUCACGGCGACAACUUCUCCAGCUGGCGCUCUUGAAAACGUCUUAUACAAUGCUGCAAACUCUCAAGGUUUCGUUACCAAUACGUCCAAUAUCAUCAAUGCGAGCGGCUGA